AUGGUAAAGGGCCGAUAUUUCAGAGCAGUGAGGAAUGAGUUUACGCCGUGGCCAGUUGAAAUGAACAAUCAAACCUAUGUCACUGAAUUCAUCCUCCUGGGAUUUUCCAACCAUUCCAACCUACAGGCCUUGUUCUUUUUGAUCUUCCUGGUCAUUUACCUGACAACUCUGCUGGGAAACAUGCUCAUAAUUGCAGCCACCAGGGUCAGUCCUGCUCUUCACACUCCAAUGUAUUACUUCCUCAGCAACUUGAGCUUCUUGGACAUCUGCUACACAUCUACCACCGUUCCCGUCAUGCUGGUGAACUUCUUCCGGGAGAAGAAGACCAUCUCCUACGAGGGCUGCCUUUCCCAGGUCUUUUUCUUUGUGACAUGCGCUGGCACUGAAGGUGUCUUAUUGGCUGCUAUGGCUUAUGAUCGCUAUGUAGCCAUCUGUCGCCCUCUUCAAUAUCCGGUUCUCAUGAGCGUGACAGUGUGUGCGUACUUGGUGGCUGGGUCCUGGCUGUGUGGGCUGGUGAAUUCUAUGACACACACAGGGCUGACAGCCACACUCAGUCUGUGUGGGCCCAACCAGAUCAGCCACUUUCUCUGUGAAGUCCCCUUACUCCUGAAGCUCUCCUGCUCAGACACCUCUGUCAACGAGUCUGUGCUCUACGUGGCCAGCGCCACCAUUGGUCUGAGCCCCUGCCUGAUUACAGUGGUGUCCUACAUUCUCAUCAUCUCUGCCAUCCUGAGGAUUCCCUCUGCUGAGGGCCGGAGCAAGGCUUUCUCUACCUGUGCAUCCCACCUCACUGUGGUGAUUAUCUUUUAUGGAAUGGCCAACUUCAAUUAUGACAGACCCAGAGAAGGCUAUUCCUUGGACAUGGACAUCCUGGUCUCUGUGCUCUUCUGUAUUGUGACCCCCAUGUUGAACCCCAUCAUCUACAGCCUGAGAAAUAAGGAGGUCAAAGGUGCCCUCAGGAAGCUGGCUGGCAGGCUAGAUUAUACAGUGGGAACUAUGAUUACUAAAUCAGGAAACCUAAAUGCAAUGAAAGUAUUUGGAUCUUGGGUGGCAGAGGUCAAGGUGUCAGCGUUCAACCACCAAAGGCAAGUUCUGGAAUGUAAAAUUGGAAUAGAUGUACUUAGCAGCUGGCAGAACCCGCACAUUGGCUCCCUGGCCAGUGGACACAAGACAAGAACCUUGCCGCUGCGGGUGCUAGGCCUGAUCAACCCUACACCUCACAUUCCACAUCAUUAUGACGCUACAAGUAAUACCAUAUUUAUAUUGUAUAAACAUCUAAGUAUGACAACAAAAGCUCACAGUCGGCCCUGGUGGUUGCUGUCGAAUGGGCAAGUUCAUGAAACCUGGGAAGUGGUGCUGGUCCUGGCCAAAUGCUACUCCGCACACAAAGCCGUCAUCAUGGAGAACAUUGAUGGUGGCAUCUCGGACUGCCCCUGCAUCCAGGCUCUGGUGGCUACUAUUGACCUCGGUCCUCAAAGUGACACUGAUAAGCAAGAAGAAAAUCAUCAAGAGGCCAAAGAUCAAGUCUUCUGUGAAAGUUUAUAA